AGCAAUCGGAAUCUCAGCAAGUUGUUGACAUCAAUUUUUCCCGUCAUUUUUUGGGGGGUAAAUAUCGUGAAGACGUAGGCAGCCCCCCAAAAAACACGAGCCGCCGGGCUGCUAUCUUGGCCUACAAGAUUUUGUUUUCUGACCCCCACUUUUAACUUUUUUUUUUUUUUUUUUUUUUUUUUUUACAUUUGUAUAAAUUGUGAGCUUAUUUCGACAGAACACCGGCGGGGUUUUGAUUUGUUGCGAAGCGACCUCGUUGCCCCCCACUCGGACUGCACCUGAAUCAAAGAUGGCACGGCUCAGAAAAGUCUGUCUCCACUUCUCCAUCUUUGUGGCAUUUUCCUUGCUGACAGCCCUGGAUGGGCGACCCCCAACAUCAGAUAUUGGCACAACUGAAGUCAACGGUACUGCACGGAAAGUGCGCCCCGAAGACGCGGCAGCGGAGGUCGCAGGCUACGCGGAUGCGGCCAAACGGAUCAUCGAGCUGGCCGUCUUCGGAGCUGCUCGGAACCGUUCGUACAGACGCCUCGCCGACUUCACCGACACCGUCGGGAACCGCGUCAGCGGCUCGCUCAACCUGGACACAGCUAUCGAGUACAUGUACAAAGCCAUGACGCAGGACGGUUUGGACGUCCAUCUGGAACCGGUAAAAAUCCCACACUGGGUCCGAGGAAAGGAGAGUGCAGUGAUGACGUCGCCAAGGACCAAGAAUUUGGCUAUUCUGGGACUGGGGAGCAGCGUUGGGACGCCACCUGAAGGCAUCGAGGCGGAGGUGCUGGUCGUCGGUUCUUUUGAGGAACUGAAGAGCAGAGCCGGCGAGGCCACAGGGAGGAUCGUGGUCUUCAACCAGCCGUUCGUCAGCUACGGCACCACAGUGGCAUACCGGGAAUACGGCGCCUCCGAGGCGUCGAAAUUCGGAGCCGUGGCCACGCUCAUUCGAUCCGUUACGCCUUUCUCCAUAAAUAGUCCUCACACAGGUUGGCAAGACUACCAAGAUGGUGUCAAGCGCAUCCCGACGGCGUGCAUCACAAUCGAGGAUGCCGAGCUGAUGUGGCGAAUUGCGCAGAGGGGAGAGCGGAUCACCGUCAGAGUCACGAUGGGCGCCGAGACGCUCCCGGAUGCCGACUCCUUUAACACGGUGGCUGAGAUAAAAGGCUGGCAGCACCCCGAGCAGGUGGUCCUGCUGAGCGGUCAUCUGGACAGUUGGGACGUGGGCCAGGGUGCCAUGGACGAUGGGGGCGGAGCCAUGAUUUCCUGGGAAGCCCUGUCACUCAUAAAACAGCUCGGUUUACGUCCGCGGAGGACCCUGCGCACGGUGCUGUGGACGGGCGAAGAGCAAGGUGGAGUUGGAGCGCAACAGUACUACGAUCUUCACAAGGUGAACGUGUCCAACUUUGACCUGGUGAUGGAGUCGGACAUGGGGACGUUCAGCCCGGUGGGGCUGCAGUUCACCGGCAGUCUUGCGGCACAAAAGGUGAUGGCGGAGGUGGUCAAACUCUUAGCUCCUCUCAACACCACCAAGCUGGAGACAAACGGGGAGGGCACAGACAUCUCACCUUGGAUGCAGGCCGGAGUACCAGGCGCCAGCCUCCACGUGGCCGACAGUCGCUACUUUUGGUUCCACCACACGGAAGCCGACACCGUCAGCGUUCAGGACCCCCGAGACAUGGACCUCUGCUCGGCCUUGUGGGCCACGGUGGCCUACGUGGUCGCGGACCUCCGGGACAUGCUGCCCAGGUAGCGCUUUUGGAGGAGUGGGCGCGCAUUCUCCGAAAAGUGAUAUUGCAGCAGAGAUUAUCAAUGUUUAAAAAAGAAAAAGAAAAAAAGCCUUUACAAAAAUUAACAUUGCACAUAACGUAAGGCCAAAAUAUGGGAAAACUGCUUUUAAGACAUCUGAUUAUUCCAUUUUAGAUUUUGUGUCUUUUAAAAUCAUUUUUGGUAUGUUUACAAAGUGGCACUUUUAUUUUUAUCACCAAUGUUACAUGUUCAGUCAGAUUUGACAAAGAAUCAUUUUAUCGUUUGUAUUUCCUGAAUAAACUGCCGCCGUUGCUCCGAACGGCUUUUCAU